AUCCAACGUAGCAAGAUGUUGUCAAUAUUCAACUCCAUUCCAACACACAUGGAUUAUAAAGGACAGAAACUGGCGGAGCAGAUCUUCCAAGGAAUCAUACUUGUCUCAGCGGUGAUUGGAUUUGCUUACGGCCUCAUCAUUGAACAGUUUGGGUGGACUGUGUACAUAGUGUUAGGAGGUUUCGCUGUGUCUUGUUUGCUGACCCUGCCCCCCUGGCCCAUGUACAGACAGAACCCCCUCUCCUGGCAGCCAGCCCUACCAGAGACUAUGGGAGAAACCCAGCAAAAGCCUCAGGAGAAUCUGAAGAAGAAGAAGCACAAGUAGCUCAUGAAUGUUUGCCCAAGACACGUUUUGUAACUGAAAGCAACCAUCAUUGUUUGUCUGUACAAUAAAUACUUGUUUGAAGGACCAAGGGAA